AUGCCGGUGCUGGAUGGGCUUCGAUACGGCGAGCCAGUCGACGGCAGCUCGAGUCUCAAUGAUCGUCCGAGACAAAAGAUCGUAAUUGUGGGAUUAGGAAUGGUGGCUAUUUCUCUGAUCGAGAAACUCAUCAAACAAGAUACAGAGCAACGAUAUGACAUCCUUGUUAUUGGAGAGGAGGCACACGUCGCCUACAACCGUGUUGGCCUUUCCUCUUUCUUCGAACAUCGCAAAAUCGAGGAUUUAUACUUGAACCCGAAAGAAUGGUACAACUCCAUCAAAGAGCGUGCCUUCGACCACCACCUCAACACAACAGUGACCUCCAUAAACCCCAGCGAUAAGACACUCCAGACAUCUACUGGUGAGACAAUUACCUACGAUAUCCUCGUACUAGCUACCGGCUCCGAUGCAGUCCUCCCCACCCACACCCCAGGCUACGAUGCCAAGGGCGUCUUCGUUUACCGAACAAUCUCCGAUCUGGAACGUUUGAUCGACUUUGCCUCUCAACACAAAGGCCAGACAGCUGUUACCGUUGGAGGAGGUCUGUUAGGUCUAGAAGCUGCGAAGGCGAUGACCGAUCUGCAAGAUUUCGGCAACGUCAAGCUGAUCGACCGCAACAAAUGGGUUUUGGCACGUCAGUUAGAUGGUGAUGCGGGAUCAUUGGUUUCACGCAAGAUCCAGGAGCUGGGACUUGAUGUGCUGCAUCAGAAGCGGGUAUCUGCUGUCAAUACCGACUCGGAAAACAAUGUUACUGGGAUCACGUUCGAUGAUGGGGAGCGUAUUGAUUGCUGCUGCAUUUGCUUUGCGAUCGGUGUCAAACCCAGAGAUGACCUGGGUGCUAUGGCUGGUAUCCAGUGUGCUUCACGGGGAGGUUUUGUUAUCAAUGAGAGCCUCCGUACUUCAGUACCGGAUGUUUAUGCUGUGGGAGAAUGCGCCAGCUGGGAAAAUCAAACUUUCGGAAUCAUCGCGCCCGGAAUUGAAAUGGCCGAUGUACUAGCCUACAACCUUACAAACGUGGACAAAGAGCCCAGGGGUUUUACUCGACCGGAUCUAAGCACGAAGCUGAAGCUCCUCGGGGUGGAUGUGGCCUCAUUCGGAGACUUCUUUGCUGACAGAGAUGGGCCGAAGUUUCUACCGGGUGAUCGGCCUCUUAUUGGCAGUGACGACGAUGUAUCUCCAGUCAAGGCGUUGACAUACAAAGAUCCCUUUGGUGGUGUCUACAAGAAGUACCUGUUUACCAUGGACGGCAAAUACUUACUUGGUGGGAUGAUGAUUGGGGAUACCCGGGACUACCUCAAGUUGAACCAGAUGGUAAAGUCACAGAAAGAGCUGGAUGUUGCCCCCAGCCAGUUUAUUCUUGGAGCCCAGAAUGAUGGUGAGGAAAACGCAGAUGAUCUUGACGACAGUACCCAGAUUUGCGCUUGUCACAAUGUUACCAAGGGCGACGUGGUUGAGAAUAUUAAGAAUGGAACUUGUACUACGAUUGGCGAGGUCAAGUCCUGUACCAAAGCCGGGACCGGAUGUGGUGGAUGCAUGCCCCUUGUGCAAUCGAUCUUCAAUAAGACAAUGCUUGGAAUGGGCCAAGAAGUAUCCAACCACCUCUGUUCGCACAUUCCCUAUUCUCGUGCCGAUCUUUACAACGUUAUCGCAGUAAAACAGCUAAAGACAUUCGUGGAGGUGAUGCAGACUGCAGGAAAUAAACCAGACUCACUCGGUUGUGAAACAUGCAAGCCUGCAAUUGGAUCUAUCCUGUCGAGUUUAUUCAACCCUCACGUGAUGGAUAAAGGAUAUAACGAAUUACAAGACACCAACGACAAGUUCCUGGCCAACAUCCAGAGAAACGGAACAUUUUCCGUCGUGCCUCGAGUGCCGGGUGGAGAGAUCACGGCUGACAAACUCAUUGCCAUCGGCACAGUAGCCAAGAAAUAUGGUCUAUAUUGCAAGAUUACAGGCGCACAAAGAAUUGACAUGUUCGGUGCCAAGAAGCAAGAUUUACUGCCUAUCUGGACUGAGCUUGUUGAUGCUGGUAUGGAGAGUGGUCAUGCGUAUGCAAAGGGGCUGCGCGCUAUCAAGAGCUGUGUUGGUUCCACAUGGUGUCGUUUUGGUAUCGGGGACAGUGUCGGCAUGGCAAUUCGAUUGGAAGAGCGGUACAAGAGUGUCCGCGCACCGCAUAAAUUCAAGGCGGCUGUGUCAGGCUGUGUCCGUGAAUGUGCUGAGGCCCAGAACAAGGACUUCGGUCUCAUCGCUACCGAGAAAGGCUUCAACCUCUUUGUCGGAGGUAAUGGAGGCGCAAAACCCCGUCACUCUGAGUUACUCGCUAAAGACGUCCCACCAGAGAUGGUCAUGCCGAUAGUGGACCGGUAUCUGAUUUUCUACAUCCGCACCGCUGACAAACUACAAAGAACAGCCCGAUGGAUCGAAAACCUACCUGGUGGCAUCAACUAUCUCAGAGAAGUAAUCAUUGAUGACAAGCUCGGCAUUUGCGCCGACAUGGAGCGGCAGAUGCAGGAAUUGGUUGAUAGCUAUUUUUGCGAGUGGACGGAGACAGUCCGCGAUCCCAAGCGGCGCAAGACCUUCCAGCAGUUCGCCAAUACAGACGAGACAGUGGACACCGUGGAAGUCAUUCAGGAGCGUUCGCAGCAGCGCCCUACAUACUGGCCCAAGGACUCUGUCACGGAAGACUUCAAGGGUCAUCAAUGGUCGAGUCUUUCAUGGCAGCCUGUCGUCAAGGCAGAUCACUUUUCCGACGAACCUCCGCGGGUAUCCUCGGCGAAUGUCAAGCGCGGGGAUACCCAGCUCGCUGUUUUCAAGAUCAAGGGAAAUUUCUACGCUACGCAGCAGAUGUGUCCACAUAAGCGGGCGUUUGUGUUGUCCGAUGGCCUAAUUGGUGAUGACGAUGCGGGGAAGUACUGGGUUUCAUGCCCGUAUCAUAAGCGCAACUUCGACCUCAAUGGCGAGCAGGCUGGUCGAUGCUCGAGUGACGAAAGUAUGAAUAUUGCUACGUUCCCCGUGGAAGAACGAAAUGAUGGAUGGGUCUAUCUUAAACUUCCUCCGGUUGAAGAGUUGGAUUCGGUUCUUGGGACUGAGAAGUGGAAGGUUCGGAAGGGAGAAGCGCCGGAUCCGUUCCACAAGAUUGAUAAGAAGUAUAAGGGGAUGAGAGGCAAGAAGGUUGCUGAAGGUGAUGUGGGUCGGUCAACUGUCAAGCCAGCACAGACUAUUGACUGGUAA